UCUAGACGUCAUUUGGGAGUGUCUAGAAGGUGAGGUAAGUCUAGGACUCACUGUGGGAACAAUGCAAAUGUGAGGGACCCGCCUUGGGGUUUCGUUUAGGGGGCUUCAACUGGGAACAUUCAGUGAAAUCAGUUGAAGCUGGAGCUUAGAGUCUACGACUUUGGUUGAAAGAGAGAGCCCAAUAAGAGAGCGAGCGUAAGUUAGAGGGAAAGACCGAGCGGUCGCAGACGACGGACAGUAAGGGUGCGUUUGCGCAACAACCCUUAGGAACGCUCUCAUUUGCCGCCUCGGCUCGGGUAUAAAAACGCAGCCCUCUCCCCGAGCCGAUUCAGUUUGUCAGCGAACGCCGAAAGAAGACGACGACGACGAGAAGUGAAGUGAAGAGACGAGACGAGAGUGAGAGACGAGAGAUCUAAGAGGAGCGGCACACUCCGACACAUAGAACAAAGUUUCACCUAGCCAACAUUAGACCAUAAACCAUCAGCCAUCAAUAUGCUCAAGUGGACAGCAUCAACACAGCGACUGCACGAGCUGCCUUCGAUGGCAACACAACAGCCUCGAGCCGCCGUGGUGCGACGUCAGCGUAGACAACGACGUGCCACGAUUGCCAACAAGGAGAAUGUGCCCAGUGUGGGCUACACAUCCACACCCAUGCCUCUGGAGAGGUUGCGCAACAGUCCGCUGGUCCUGGCACCUCUCAGCGACAUACGCAACGUCACCCCGGAGUCGCGUUCGCCAGCCGGAAGAUCACCGCAGCCACAACAGCAGCGGCAGCCAGCACGUCUGAUGGUGCAAAGUGUGCGGUAUGCAACCACCUUGCCACGUUACGAGGAGGAGUAUUCACCCAGUGCACUGCCGACGGGUCAGCAUUUGGCAUUGCGGGGUCUGUUGCCCCUCGAUCCGUUUAUGGAGCAGCCACGUUACCUGGCCGCAGCACAGCAGCUGAAGAAACGCAAACUGGAGGCGGAUUUUGUGGCCACCAUGGAUGCAAGUCCAUCGGAAGCAACUCAAGUUGCUGCUGAGCCAAUUGCCGAGGUGGCCGAGAAGUCAGCGAAACCAGUGACCCGUCCGGUGACCCCGCAACCCUCGUCCACCCAGAUGGGUGAUCAGACGCUGGACAAGCUCAUCGAUGCCAUACUUGACUCCGCCUGCAAAUCGGAUCCGAGCAGUCGCAAAAAGCCACGCAAAUCGUUCAAUCUGCGACGUCGCACACUGGUCAAACAGCAACUGGAGUCGCAAUGCCAUGCGGCCAUGCUUUCGCCAUCCUAUGCUGCCGGCGAUGAUCCUGCCAGCGAUCUAAGCUUUGCCCUGCUGCCGCUUCCUGGCACUCCGGAGCCGGCCUCGCCCCUCAACCCGUUGCCACACAGUGUGUUGCUCCAGUUGCCGACGCCGCAGCAACCAAAUGCUGCCUCGCACUCGGACACCUUUUCUCUGGCCACACCAGUGCGACCUCUGAAACGUGGUCGUGCCCCAGAGAGGCAAGCGGCCGCAUCGGAUGUUGCAAGUGCCGUGGAGUCGCCACUGAAGCGCUACAAAGUUGAUGCGCGCAACUACUUCGAGGUGGGAUUGGCGCUGCCUUCCUCCAUCUACGUCUAGAACGGGGAAAAAGGAAUGAGAGAGAGAGAGAGAGAGAGAGAGAGAGUGAAAGAGAGAGAAAGAGUGUAGUCAACGCUGACAAACGGGGGAAAACGCUUAACUAUGACGCUUAUUUAGUUUUUAAGUUACAAUUAAAACAACUCCAGUUUUUUAAUGCUUGUAUAUAGUCUAGACCU